GGGGUAAAAUCAAUAACGGUAAUUUUUUUUUCCUUUCGGCACAUAAAUCAGGACAGUGCGAAAAAUACCAGAAAACAGAGGGAAACCUUAAGAAAGAAGAUGGUGGCGAUUUCUUUGUACAGAGGGAACCUCCACCGAGCACCGGACGUACCACGGCGGUGGUUAAUGCCGACUCCCAAAAUUUCCGUCAAAGACUUCAAAUCCCUCUUGCACCGCCGCAAAAAAGCACUCUCUCGUCUCCGUUAUUUCUCUCCAUCCUUUAACCCUAAUCCUGAUUCAACGCAUCGAAUUCAACUCCCUGUGCCCACUGCCGCUCCCCUUGACCCCAAAUUAAAAGCCAAAGUUGAGUCUGAACGGUCCGAGGGUUUGAAAACUGGACCGCCUCUAACGCAGGUUAAGGUUGAGGUAGUUGGAGGAUCCGACGGUGGAGAUUGUUUGACGAAUCCGGUGGAUGAGCUGACGGAGAAAGAUGUUAGUUUGCAAGUGGUUGAGAAAGAGAAACCGCCUGAGACUAAAUCGAUUAGGAACCUAGAAACAAGUGAGAAAUUAAACGAUUUAAAGGAAAAAGAAGAAAGGAAGAGGGUCGUUGAGGAGAAAUUACAAGUUUUGAACACGAAGAAGCAUGGUUUAGUGCAAGUACUAAAGCAGAUCUUGAAUGCGGAGGAGGAGUUAAAGAGAAGAAAUAGCACGCAAGGUACAGCUAAUUGUCCGGCUGUUCCACUUCAAGUGGAAACUGCAACCGACUCUGGGUCGAUGACGAGGAUUGUCACUCCCCAGAUUGGCUCGGAUGCUAAUGUUGCUGGAGAAAAUGAAGGAGUUGAAGCUGAUGAUGUUUCGAACCCUAUCAUUCUUUCCCGUCAUGUGUUUCGUAUGAGCAGUACAUCACCUUCUUCAGAAUCUCCUCUUAGAAGACCUACCUACAUUCAACAUGAUGUUGUUCCCCACCCGUCUCGAGCUAGCAUGGUGGUCACAGGUAGUCCAUCACGUUUUGCUCCUACUGGUAAUCAAGGUCAUCCUGGGAAUCCUCCCACCGUAUCUGUAUCGGGAACAAAUUUUGUCGCAUCAUCUCCUUCACCUGCAGCAUCUGGUGGCACUUCGAUUUUCAGAGAGGCUCGGCAGCCAAGCCCAUGGAAUUAGAAUCUGUAUCCAAAUGAAGUCUUUGUUAAAAGAUUUGGGCCAAAGAAGA